CUUUCGUUUUCUCACGCAUGCGCAGAUAAGCAUCCGCUGGUUGACAGCAACAUUCAACUCUAAUGCGUAGUUUAAAAGAAUUUCUGGGACAUUUUUUGGAACUGGGAAUUGUUGUAAAUGAAAACCUCAUCAUGAAGCAAUUCCGUCUUUGUGCUGGCAUACCUGUGAGACGGAGAUCUGUCUAGCUGAUGUCCCACGUACACGUGUGCUAAGCCAAGAUGGAUAUAAAGCAAGAGACUUCGCCUCCAUCAAUAGACUUUAGUAAUAACUUCAAUGGGGUGCCCAACACUCCACCAGUAUCUGCUGGAAAUGUGGAGGAGCGACCCCUCUUCUCUAUAGGUGUAGACCCUCCUCAAGAACCAGCUGUAGUGGAUACCAAGGGGUCUUCUGCCCCCUUUAUAACAAACUUAAAAGAUGUUGGAGGUGCACAUUUAACAGUGGAAAAGAAAGCGGGUAUGAAUAGAUCAGCCUCCUCCCCUUCUCUGUCCGAGUUCUUCAGCUUUGUUCCAGGGUCAAAGGCUAUCAGUAAUGUCAACAUACAGGUCAACGUGCCAAGGUUCUCAACAGACAAAAGUAAAGGUCAUGAUGAAGGCAGCAGUGUCGACCCAGAAGUAAAAUUACCCAGACAAGGAAUUUCAGGAACGCUGAUAACCCAAGAACCACCAGCGAAAAUGCUGAUGACCCAAGAACCACCGGUGAAACAUAUCCGGAAAGAGAUGCAAACCCUUUAUUCCAAAGGGGAGGUAAACAAGUUUGGAAGCUUGUUCAGAAAACCAGGCACAGAUCACAAGGUGUUGUCUGUCAAGAAAACUGAAUCUACUCCGCCAGAGGCACCAUUAACGCCAUUCAAGGAGGAGAUAAUCCAGACACCACAAGUUUCUCUAGUUCAAAGAGUCAACCAGUGGAUAACAACAUCUCCUGUCAAACACACAGACCGGGAAAUAAAUGCCUUUUCUCCAACUUCUUUUUAAGUUUGUUUGUUUUAAGAAUUAGCUUUGGCUGCAUUGCCCACUUGUUCUGUCACCUGAAAAACCAACAACGCCACUGAAGAAAACUAGAAAUCUUAUUCUGCCUAUCCGACAGGUUCGAUUACAAAAUAAAUGGUUUCAUGAAUCUAUCAGUUCGAAAGUACAGAACAAAUCUUUGGUUUGUUACCAUAAAUAAUUUCCCCAACUUUGUGUAUUUUCCUAAUUCUGAAACCUUCAGCCCACCCCCGAAAUAGACAAAUAUAAAAAAAAAACUGUUUGUUGUCAUAUCGUUCAAUUUCAAGCAUCACUGCCUUUGAUUAAACACCAAAAAGAUCCUGAAUAUAUGGGUGUGAUAUAUUACAGAGUAAUUAUAGUGUGUGUAUUUUCUGAGUAUGGAAAAUAACUGUCUUUAUGCUCAUUUUUGUCCAAUGAUCAUAAGUACUUGCAAAAUUGUGUUACAAAACCUCACUUAGUACAAGUCUGAGAUUGAAUAUGAUUUUAUCUUAAGCAAAUUGACUACAAGAUUGAACAUUCAAAAAAAUGAAUAAUUCCCUAUUUGUCCGUUCUAACAAAUUAAUUUUCAAAAUAAAGUGUUGACGAUUUUAGUUAUAGAGGCACAUGAUAAUGUAUUACUUAUCACAUGAAAACCUUGUGUACAAUGUAGAUUGUAAUCCUUGCUUCUGCUCAAGGUUAAAAGGAGGUUAUAAUGGAAAGUGUCGAGAACCAUGUUUGCGAGUGAUAUAUCAGACCCUUGAAUCUGUUGUUUAAUAUCGAAAUGUACCGUUUGUUUGUCUGUGUAAUUUCUCUCGUUUAUCAACUAUAUGUAGUUGGUAGUGUUAAUUGUAAAAUUUUGAAAUCUUGAUUGUGAAUGGUUACAAAAUGCCUGCGAAAUCUCUCAGCAUUACUAGUAUUCUGAAAUGAAUAAUUAUGUUUCUAUAUGUGAUGUUUUUAAUGUAAAUUACUUUUGAUAUUUUUGUUUUACAUUAUCUUUAAAGGUGCUGCAUUUCAGACCUACAUGAUGCAAGCCCUUAAGAGAUUUUUUUCCCCAUAUUGAUUGAGAGCUAUAUGUUAAUUUCGUAUACAUGUAUUAUUAUGUGGUAUGUGAAACGUUUUCUAGCCCAUCAUUGUCGGCGGUUACCGUUCUAUGAAGUCCAUGUUUAAUCCUACCAUAUUUUAUUUUAAAAAUAUAUUGACAGGUCUUUGACUUGAGAUAUUGAAAAAAGUAUUUUUUUACUGAUACAUAAAAUGCACAAUCAGAUUACUUUGCAACAAAUAAAAAUCUUCAGUGACAAAUUUCUAAUGGUGCAAUUGUUUUGAUGUCGGUGAAAACAAAGAAAUUUAUACAUGUACAUGGUUUAGUGUUGUCGUUCAGCUUUGUUUAAAAACUUUAUGCAAAAUGUUAUCAUCUUUUUAACUCAUUCACUCCUGUAUUUUGAAAAUGGACUAUGCUUUCCUUUGAUUUUGAGCAGUAUAAAUGCAUCCUUAAGUGUCAAUACAGUGUAGGCUAAAAAAAGCACAUAUUCGUUUGUUAUAGACUUUUCAACUUUAAUCCUAAAGAGACGUCUGUACUGCAUGAAAUGAUGCAGAUGCUGCCGCCUGACUCAGUGCCUAUAACUAGUGUCGUCUUAGGCCCACUGUACACAAACUACAUAUGGAGGCUCAGUAGUUCAGUGGUGGGACGCCGGGCUCGUGACCAAGGGUUGGUGAUUAGAGUCACGGCACGGCACUGUGUUGUAUCUUUGAACAA